CUGAAGAAGGAAGUGGGCACGAGCAGCCUCGCGGACUCGGAGGUGGCAGCGGCGUGAGCUGACGGUUGGCGCUCGCGCGUUGUUGCCGACUCAUCCUCGUUACCCCCCCCCCCCUCUCCCGCGCUUAACGCCCAGAGGCAGAAUCGAUCAAGCCCACCGGCCGUCGUCAUGCUGCGGAAGGGGAGCUCCUUGCUGUGGGACUUGCUGGAGAGCGGGCUGAAGCUGAUGGGUGGCGGUGGCAGCGGCAUUGCCGCCGUGGCGAGACCUGGCCUCCAGCAGCACCGCGGCCUGCCCCGGGGUGACACGGGGCGGCUGCGGCUCGGGGCUGCCGCCUACAGCACCGGCAGCUCGUCGGAGGCAGCGCCGGAGCGGGGCGAAGCGGACGCCUCGCUGGUGUCUGCCGAUAACUCGGCCCUGGAGAAGAAAAGGCAAAAAGCAGGUCUUCUCCCCAGUCUGGAAGAUCUUCUGUUUUAUACAAUUGCAGAAGGGCAGGAGAAGAUUCCAAUUCAUAAGUUCAUUACUGUCCUAAAAUCAACAGGAUUACGUACAUCUGAUCCUCGACUGAAAGAGUGUAUGGAUAUGCUUAGAACAAAUGUGCAAGCAGCUUCUGAUGGAGUUCUCCUUGACAAAGAACUUUUUAAAAAGUGUGUUGGAAGCAAUAUUGUGCUGCUCACUCAAGCUUUCAGGAGAAAGUUUGUCAUUCCAGAUUUUGAAAUAUUUACGUCCCAUAUUGAUGGUCUUUAUGAGAUAGCCAAAAAAAUGACAGGAGGAAAGGUUGCUGAUUAUAUUCCACAGCUGGCUAAGUUUAGCCCAGAUUUGUGGGGUGUGUCCUUGUGCACAGUGGAUGGUCAAAGGCAUUCAAUUGGAGAUACCAAAGUUCCCUUUUGUCUUCAAUCCUGUGUGAAACCAUUGAAAUAUGCAGUUUCUAUCCAUGACCUUGGGACUGAGUAUGUUCACAAAUAUGUUGGUAAAGAACCCAGUGGAUUACGUUUCAACAAACUCUUCCUAAAUGAAGAAGAUAAACCACAUAAUCCUAUGGUAAAUGCUGGGGCCAUUGUGGUAACUUCCCUUAUUAAGCAUGGACUAAGCAAUGCAGAAAAAUUUGAUUAUGUUACACAAUUCUUGAAUCAAAUGGCGGGAAAUGAAUAUGUUGGCUUUAAUAAUGCAACGUUUCAGUCUGAAAGAGAAACCGGAGACAGAAAUUUUGCUAUUGGAUACUACCUAAAGGAAAAAAAGUGUUUUCCAGAAGGCAGUGAUAUGACUGGUGUACUGGAUUUCUAUUUCCAGCUGUGUUCCAUUGAAGUAACUUGUGAAUCCGCCAGUGUAAUGGCAGCAACAUUGGCCAAUGGUGGCAUUUGUCCAAUCACAGGGGAGAGAGUUCUGAGCCCAGAGGCUGUUAGAAAUACAUUGAGUUUGAUGCAUUCAUGUGGCAUGUAUGACUUCUCAGGGCAGUUUGCGUUUCAUGUGGGUCUCCCAGCAAAAUCUGGAGUUUCUGGUGGUAUUUUGCUGGUGGUGCCAAAUGUGAUGGGCAUUAUGUGUUGGUCUCCUCCUUUAGACAAACUUGGCAACAGUGUAAGGGGUAUUCAGUUUUGUCAGGAUCUUGUCUCUCUAUUUAACUUCCAUAAUUAUGACAACUUGAGGCACUUCUCAAAAAAGCAUGAUCCACGGAGAGAAGGUGGUGAAGUACGGCAUUCCUUCGGAUCAAUGGAUUAUGAAAGUCUCCAGAAAGAGCUUGCACUUAAUGGGACUCUAUGGAAAAAAGUAUCAACUGAACCAAAUGAGGAGGACUCUUCCACUACCAUUGUAUAUAGAAUGCAAGGUCCUGCUGUAAGAAACUAAAACAGUUGGACUUGAUUCAUGUUUUUGCUGCUCUUGAAGAUUUAUGGUUGAUUCUGAAGUGAUUUGUUUGUAUGCACAAAUUUAUCAUAUUAGCACUUUGAGAAAGCUAAUAUAUAUUUUGCUUCUAUUGUUUCUUGUAAAGAAGAAUAAUUAAGUUUGCUCUUAUGUUAUGAGCUUUCAAGGCAUCACUCCCAAACAUUAUUUUGCAUGCAAGUCCUUUAUUAAAUGCUACAAUGUACCAUUUUCUGCUCCUACUGCGUUGUCCAGCUUGGGAUUGCCCUCACAUAUAAUUGGCAUUUGAUGAUCUAGUUAUAAUCAGAAGCUCAUGGAGUUGGGCCCUUCAGCUCACUGUGUUUAUGCUGGCCAUUGAGUACCUGUCUAUACUAAUCCUAUCUUCUAUCACUGAGCCCAUAAUCUUCUAUGGCAUGGUGUGUCAAGUGCUCAUCUAAUACUCAAAUGUCGUGAGAGUAUCUGUCUCCAUGAUCCCUGUGAUGGUCUCCUUUACAGCCCCACUCAAUUACUGUGAAGUUCUUAGGAUUUGGUCUUGGUUACUUGAUUCCUUCUUUACCUACUGUCCUGUAGCCAAAUCAUCCAAAUACAUAAUGUUUUUGAAAAUUUGUUCUCUCACACCACUACUACCUUUUAAUUCCUCUGCUAGAUUUAAAUGUAUUUCUGUAAACCAAAAUUUCCUCUAAUUAGACACUUAGAAGAGCAAAGCCUUUGCUAUCACCUUAGAAUUUGAUUCAUGAUCACUGACUCCAUCCUCCCUGCUGUUAUCUUGAGCUGAAACAGAUUACUCAGAUCUUGCUGUCUAAUUUUGACUCUGUGCCAACUUUACAAUUGAUAUUCACCUCUUCCAUAACACCUCUUCUUAGCCUUGGUUUUGCUGCUGAAGUUUCACCCUUGGCUUUGCUGUUGAAAACUUUGUUAGUUUCAGGCUUGACAAUUUCAGUGAGUUCUUCCUUGGCAUCCCAACUCCAAUCCACUAUAAACAUGAUCUCAACAGAAUCUUACUGCCCAUGUUACAACAGCAAGGCUUGCUCACCCAUCACCUCUAUACUCAGUAACUACAUUGGUUCUGAGUUCUUCAACACCACAUCAUGGCCUUGCCCCCUUACUCUCUGCUUACUAUUGCCAAUCCUGAAUUUGCUACACUGAAUUCUUAAAGUAUCUCCCACCCUCUGGUACAUUGUUUGCACCUGAUUGGACUUUGAGCACAACAGUUCUUCCACCUAACCUUCUGCUUUUCCAUUCUCUUCUUUUCGGAUCCUCAAAUUCUAAUUUUGGACUUUAGUUGUCCACUCUAAAAUCUCAUUCCUUUGCUUAGUGUUCUUGUCUGCUUAUGCUGCUGUACUUUGCCUUGGGAUAUAUCCCUAUGUUGAAAGUGUGGAGAAAAAAAAUGCUUGAUACUUGGCUUAUUGGCUCACUUGCCUGUAAAGGUGUGUUAUGUCAGGGAGAGGGAAGGCAAAAAUUUGAGGGGAGCAUUCACAAUUGAUCUUUCCUGUAGGAGUUUUUAGGUGGGUAUUAUUUUUUCCUUCAAGUGACCUUCCUUUCCUAGCCUACCUAGAAUGUUACUUUUGUCUGUUUCCUCCUGUAACUGGAAAAAUGAAGAUUUGGGGCCACCCUAGUUUCAAUAGUGUAAGGGAAAGACGCAAGUGGGAAUGGAUUCUGCUAAGAGCAACAUUACAUGAUUGAGCAAAUAGAGCUUUUUGGCAGUAGUGGUGGGCAUUGUUGCAUUUGUAUCUCACACUUAUCCUUGCCUGUAAAGACAACUGAAUAGGUUACAGGGGGAAAGCUGACUUUGUUAUGUCUAAUCUUUGCAGGCUGGAUAUCAUUUUGUUGGAGAUGUGUUUGGCUUGAAGCUAUUGAGAUAAUAUUGGAAACUGGCAUUGGUGAAUAUUGAACUCUAGAGUUUUAAUGUACAGUUUAAUCAACAAAUGGCACAAAUUGCUGUGGCUAAAAUUUUAAGACUUAUUGGGAACAUUGGAUAGUGUUACAUUCAAGUGUUAUUAAGAUGUUUUCAGUCAAGCUACAAAAUUGAAAUUGUCAGGAAGUAUUUAUUAUGAAAAGAUUUGAUACUAGCUCUAAUGAGGCUGUCAUUGCUGCCGCUUGUCUUCUGGAUUUUUACUUCUGUGGCUGGCAGAUGCUCUGAAUUAAAUCAGUUGUAUUAUGCUGUGACUAUUGUAUACACUUAUCAUAUUACUAGGUGUGUUUGGAUGUGCAAGAACAAAAAUUAAGGAAAUCAGCAAAUAACUUCACAACUUAAGAUUUUAUGAUGAAAGUUAACAUAUUAUAGUGGCAGUAUUUGCAAAUUGGCAUGAAAUAUUUGAUUAGUCCAGAUGGAUAAAAUUCACUAGAGCUCCAAUUUUAGGAUUAACUGAAUUAGUAAAUCUUCGAAUUCUUAGAGCUGCCUUUUUGUAGAUGGGCGUUUUGGAUGGAAUGUUGGUAGUGCACUGUUGCACAUUUUAUGCUUCGGAGAUCUGGGAUUGAAUUAUAUACAGUAGAAUUUCUGAGCAGUCAUGUAAUAAAUUGUGGAACAGGCUUAUGGGGCUGGAUAACACAAUCCUGCUCCUUGAAUUUUGUUUAUCUUUCGGUGCUUAGAUCAAGGUUGAUUUUCAGUUUGAUCAAAUAGUGUUGUGCGCAAUAUUGUCACCUUGGGCAGUACACCAGAAGUAGUAUUAUAGUUGCCUUUUUUGAUUUUCAAAUUGAAAAAUGUAUACUUUUCCAAGUUCUUUUUAUUGUUAAGGACUUGAUAUAAAUAAUGAGUGUAAUCAAAGCAUUACUCUCUGUGGGUUAGGAUAGAAAAUUAAUAGAAUUUCUGCUUUCUUGAAAUUUUCAAAGAUUUGCUGUCUGAUUUGCUAGUACCUAAAUGUCAGUAUUCUGUUUCUGAAGUUGCUAGAAAUGUUGCUUUAUAUACACAAUGUCUAUAUUUGCAGCGUAGUCUAGUAUACCAAAGACUACAAAUUCCCCAUAUAUUUUGAGCAUGUGUAAUCGAAUUAAAACUUUAAGCUCACCACCUUGUAUGAAAGCAUCCCAGUACAGAUUUUAGGAUGUCAGGCUACUAGUCUAGGAAAUUAGCAUCUAGAUUCAUAAGGAGAAAGGAAGAAAUUGGAAUACUAAUGGCACAUAAAUAGUUUGACAUUUAUUAUCUCACUGGAAGACUUCAUGUUUUAAGGUGUUGAAUUGGAGCUUGAUUGGCUUAAGUAGGCAAUGCAUCAGAUUUAUUUGCCAGAGGAAAUGUGUGCAAUUGAUUUUAUUCCAUAAUUACAUAUUCCAGGAAAAAGUGUAUGAGCUAAAGCCUCAACUGUGGUGUAGCUCAUCACACAUGCUAUUAUUUUUUUGUUCCAGUUUAAACCAUGUUGCUUGCAAAUUUUGAGUUUGUUAUCUAUUUUUACAUCGGUGUUGUGAAUGUGGAACACUGAAUGUUUAUUUUUCAGUUUUUCAUGUUAUCUGAAUGGUUGCACUUUCAGCACAAGUACUUUCUAAUGUUCAUAUAUUUGUAACAUCAAAAUGCACUGCUACUAUUGUGCUGCAAAACAGGUGAUUCAGUGGCAGUAUUACGUUGCUAAUAUCUUCAUAGUCGAUUUAAAUGGCUAUUUAAAGAUUUGAAUUCUGUUAGAUGCAGGGUAAAAAUAGAGGCUGUAGUUACAGAAAAUGUUAAAAGAAUUAAAAGAUGUAAGAUUUUAAAAUGUUAUCUAUUUUGUAUCAUGUUAGGCUCUUAAUGUUUUAUACUUGUUGCAUUUCUAGUAUCUUUGCCUUUUUUGUAUUUUACUUCGCAGCAGUAACCAACUUUUGUUUUACAUUUUGCUUCAUAAUACUUUGCAUUUAUUUUGUAUUUAAUAAAACUGUUUUAUAUCA